UCUAAUCCACUGGCUGAUGACGAGCCUCUCUCUCUCUCCUCUUCCUCUUUCUCAAGCUGCUGUUAUUAUAACCCUCAACUCUUUCCAAGACAUUUAAAAAAAAAUCGUAACCACACUUCAGUUUCUCUCUGAAUUGCCUGCAUUUUUAGAGAGAAACUUUCUAUUCCUUCUUAUCUGUAGCCUUCGAGUCCAAGGAGGUUUAAGCUAAACUGGAGUGUUGGAGUUCCAGUGUGCGUAUGCCUGAUAUACCAGCUUACCAAGAUGGCUGUGCAAAGCGUCAAUUAUCAAUAUUUGUGGAUGGCCCAUUGGAUGGGAAAGAGCUGUAAUUCAGUAUUGCAGAUAUAUAAUGAAGAUGGAGCUGGUACCGGCGUUGGACAAGCAAGUGUCACGUCGAUGAACACGGGAUGUGAAAGUAAUUCGAGAUCUGAAUGGUAUCUCUUUCCAUUAUCCAGCUACAACCAAAAUAUAGAUAGUUUCUCGACUGUAAGAGAAGAAUAUGUAACCAACUCUCACACUAGUCGUGACACUAGUAGUCAUGGUACUGUCACUUUAGGUACAAACACAACUGAUUUUCCUUCCAGUCUGUGUGAAUUAGCUUCUAAGACAUUAGAGUUUUUAUCAGAAGAUGAUGUUUCUUUGCUGGAAAGUAUAAAAGAUGGUCCUGUGCAGCGUCAAAAAUCCGUUGGAUCCACUGAAAGGGAAAGCUUGCCUUCUUCAAUGCCUUGUCUGCACAUUCUUCCAGGGACGACUUCUAGUGUUGUGCCAUAUAAACACAAAGCUCGUGGAACCCCAGCAGUAUCCUUCAUGUUCCAAAACAAAGUAACCGAGGAGCCAUUCUGCCGGGUAGCAUCCAAAGAUAUACCCACACAUACCAAUUUAACUCCAUUUGAGAACGAAACUUGCAACUCCUGCAGCUCUCUUACAUCUUGGAUGUGUGAUGGGGUAAAGUAUAACCAUCUAAAAGUUAAGAAUCCGAGGAGUUCAUGCUCCAGACAGAAGGUUGGAGCGCUCCAAACAGAUGAUCCUGCAGCAAGCAAGUUGAACUCUCUGUGUUGUGUUGAUGAACAAGGCAGGGAAGUGAAUAGUUCUUCUGGUGCUGGAUUUUCACCUAGCUGCAACAAUCCUGAACGAGCAACAGAGCUGGAAGAAGACAUCAAUCCUGGGAGUUACUUGUUACAGAAAAUGCCGGUUUGUUGUGUUCAUGAUGAGGAAACAUUGAAAAUAUGUUCCAUUAGGAAUUUUGCGGAAAAUGUACCUGAAUUUCCUCGGAGGAUUUCUCAGAUGACCCCCCAUUUGUGUCUCACCAAUAGUUUUGGUGUUAGCUUCUCUAAGGGAGACCAGAUUAUCAGAGAAUCAAAAUUAUCCACGGAGGGAAAUGCGACAAAGGCUUUGUAUGAAUUGUUUAGCUUGUCUUCUCCUGGUCGUGGUAAGCAAGGACCAAAGCUUCAAUAUAUUGGGCAUACCUCCAGUAGUGAAGGAAAGAAAGACACAGUUGAUGAUUGUGCCACGAGAAAUUCUUCUCAUGGCAUAGCUUCAUUUCCACCAAUUAAGGAUCUUUCUGUGCACAAAAAUUUAAUAACGGCUUGCGCAACUUUCGGUUCGUCUAGAGAAGUUGGAAGCAGAAAGACAGAAAUAGUAAUACCCAACAUUUGUGAAGACACUCCAGCCAUAAUGACCACAAGGGGUUUAACAGGCAAGAGGAGCACCUGGGGAACUGACAGUUUAGAAGUUGAAAAUCAUUCUUCUCAUGUUCAGCCGCCUAUGGAUGUAAACCCCGGCGGGGAGCUAUGUGUACCUGAAGCCCAACCAAACAGUAGAUUGGUUAAGCGUCUUAAGUUAAACACACGUGAUUCCCUUGCUCAAGGAACUAGAACUUUUAGGACUGAACCUGCAUCAUCUGGAAGAAAAGUAGAUAACUUCUUCACCAAAAUUAUGAGAUACAACAUAACUAGUAAAGAUCUCGUUAAGGACCAACAUAACUAUAGGAGUCUGGUGUUAUUUAAAAAUUUGGAUUUCUCUUCCAUGGAUUCAGUGAAGGAACACGAAGAACUAACCUUAUCACACCCUUGGAUUCAACGAUGGCGUCACAGUCAACCAGAAACUCCACCAAUGAAGCCAGCAGCUCGAGUGAUCUGUGAGCCACAAAUUCCAAAGCCAAAGUUGAAGAAGCAGCUUCCAAGCUUUGCAGCUAUGGCAUUGAUGGGAAAGGCUUCAAAUCGCUUCCGGCCAUGUGAGUUCAGGAAAAGAGGGUCUGUCACAGUUUGGAAUACGGGUUUCUAAAAACAAAUUUUCUUGAUGAAUUGCUAAGUGAUGCAUACUUACAGUUGAGUUCCUGAACAAUCUGCGCACACAGAAUGAAUGAACGAACCGAGACUACAAUGCCAUAUUACUGGUUGGAUUGGUCAUGUAACAAGGAGAAUAAGGGAUAUGCUGUUGAAGUUCAGAGCCACAUGGAUGGCUAUGCUUAUGAAGUCUGGUCUAUUGCUCUGCCUUUGAAUGAAGUCCUCCUGCAAAAAAAAAAAAUCCCAUGCUGUUUCUCCUGUUUCCUAUUUUUUUUCUUUCCAUUUUUAUUUUACGACAGAUUAGUUGGUCUGCAGAACGAGAGAAGAGACUGAAUAUUAUGCUUCAGGUAUCAGUACUCCACAGUCAUGCAUAAAUCUGCGGGGUGCUUAGAGCAGUCUUAAACUGUUAAGCAUUGGCUUCUUCUUUGACUGACCCAACUAUGUGAUUGACCAAUGCUA